CGGAUGGCUUCCCAGAAUCGCGACCCAGCUGCCGCCAGCGUUGCUGCCGCCCGUAAAGGAGCCGAGCCCAGCGGGGGCGCCGCCCGGGGCCCCGUGGGCAAGAGGCUACAGCAGGAGCUGAUGACGCUCAUGAUGUCCGGUGAUAAAGGAAUUUCUGCCUUCCCUGAAUCAGACAACCUUUUCAAAUGGGUGGGGACCAUCCAUGGAGCAGCUGGCACAGUAUAUGAAGACCUGAGGUAUAAACUGUCCCUGGAGUUCCCCAGCGGCUACCCUUACAAUGCACCCACGGUGAAGUUCCUCACGCCCUGCUACCACCCCAACGUGGACACCCAGGGUAACAUCUGCCUGGACAUCCUGAAAGACAAGUGGUCCGCCCUGUACGACGUCAGGACCAUCCUGCUCUCCAUCCAGAGCCUGCUCGGAGAACCCAACAUCGAUAGCCCUUUGAACACACAUGCCGCCGAGCUCUGGAAAAACCCCACAGCCUUUAAGAAGUACCUGCAAGAAACGUACUCAAAGCACGUCUCCAGCCAAGAUCCCUGACCCAGGAUGUGCAGCUCUCCUUCUGUUGUCUUUUUAAUUUUUUUCCCUUAGAUGGUCUGUCCUUUCCUCGAUU